AUGGCAUGGCUGCAGGGAGCACCCCUUGAUGAAGUGGAGCAGAUGAUGCGCGUGGGGGGGCUCUGCCAAACGACGACAUCGCGAUGCAAGUGCUGUUCAUGUAUGUCGCUCGUGGACGCUGAAACUUCAGCAAGCCCGACCAAGAUGAUUGAGGCCAUCAGCAUCAUCCGAUGGCAGCUGCGUGUGGCACAUGGAAUGGGAGUAGAUCCAUAUCGAGAUGGGAUGCGGGACGACCCCUUGCCGUCGUGCACUGACCUAGAGGAGGACAAGAUAGAGUUGGGUGAAGUACGAGGAGAGGGGCACUACCAGGGCUUGAGGCUGUACAAUCAUACUGUGAGCAGGUCUCGUAUGUAA